GGGGAACUUAAAUGAUGGGGGUUGAAAAAUAGGAGAGCAUGAGUUGGGUGCAAUGAUAUAUCACCCAUUUCUUCAAAAACAUAUUUAUCUUUAUGCUUUUUGCUUUCGGUUAAAAAAGGUGAAAGUCUCAUUCUUGAUUUUGGUCCCCUCAUGAGAUUAAGGAGGCGUAGACAAUGCUUUCCUUCUUGUUCAUCUCUUCACAGAGUUGACGAGGAUGAAAUUUACUGGAGACAAAAGAAAGGUGAUGAAGAGUUGGAAUGGUCACAUAGUUCCACUCAUGUAAUAUCGCAGUUGACUCAAUGUUUUGCUAAUGCUAUGGUUGGACCACGAUCGUGGGUAGGAGGACUCUUUAAUCGCUCAGGCAACAAGCGUAAUGAGAAGUUUAUUGACUACCCUUUGAAUCCUCUUCAGGAACAAAGACUUCAGAGGUUCCAAGAACGAUUACAAGUACCAUUUGACGAGACUCGCCCUGAUCAUCAAGAAGCCCUCAAGGCGUUGUGGCAUGCUGCUUUCCCAAAUAUUGCUCUCAAAGGCUUGAUUUCGGAGCAAUGGAAAGAAAUGGGGUGGCAAGGUCCUAAUCCAUCAACCGACUUUAGGGGUUGCGGUUAUAUUUCCCUUGAGAAUUUGCUGUUUUUUUCCAGGACUUAUCCGGCAUCUUUCCACAGGUUAUUGUUCAAGCAAGGUGGGAGACGAUCAGCCUGGGAAUACCCAUUUGCUGUUGCUGGCAUUAAUGUAUCAUUCAUGUUGAUUCAGAUGUUGGAUCUAUGCUCAGUAAAACCACGAUGUCUUCCAGGAAUCAAUUUCGUUAAAUUAUUAGGAGAAGAUGAAGAAGCCUUUGAUGUACUAUACUGUAUUGCUUUUGAAAUGAUGGAUGCUCAAUGGCUUGCAAUGCAUGCUUCCUACAUGGAAUUUAAUGAGGUAUUACAAGUAACAAGGACACAGUUGGAAAGAGAGCUGUCUUUAGAAGACGUUAACAGGAUACAAGAUCUUCCAGCAUACAAUUUGUUGUACCAGUAACUAUGCAUUUCAGCACUUCAAGAGGAACAGAGGUAUUACACAAACUUGGAGAGAUUUGCUAUGAAUGCAGAGAUAAUUCCAAGACAAGGGUUCUCUUGAGGCUUAUUGAACAACAAGGAGAUCUUCCCCAGAGGUUUUCUAUCUCAGUCUACACCUUAUACAUGCCAUUUUUGGAGGUUUCAUGGCUGAAAUUUGUUAUCUAGAUGGACAUUAAAUGAGUUUGUAGCAGAAGCUGGAUCUAUAAUGAACAUUGUAACUCCUUCGUAAA